UGGCCUAUCUAAAGGUAAACAUCUUGUCGUCACGGUUGCAUUUGCUGAGAAAGAAACAAAUUUAUUCUCAAUUUAUCCAUGCAUUUAUUUUGUAGAUGCAUAUUUCCUAAACAGUUGAGUCUUGUUACAAAUCAGACUAGUGCCCUUUUAAUAUUUUCUGCUCGUAACAACAGUGCAACCAGCGCUUUGUCAGUUUCGUUUCAAAGAACGUAUUCAACCACUGUCAAAAUGAUCGAUUCAAUGAAACAAUCUUUAGUUGCAAUUGCACAAAUGACAGCAACAUCAGAUAAGGCAGAAAAUUUUGCCAUUACCAAGAAACAAAUCCAAGAAGCCAGUACCCUUGGUGCAAAAGUAAUUUUCCUACCAGAGGCAUGUGACUAUAUAGCUGAAUCACAUGCCCAGUCAUUGGAGUUGGCCGAGAAUAUAGACGGACCAUUAAUCAAGAGCUACUGCGAACUUGCAGUGCAAAAUCACAUCUGGAUUUCUAUAGGUGGAUUCCACAAUAGAUGCAGUUUAGGUGGUAAAAUGUACAACACCCAUUUAGUAAUUGAUUCAGAUGGGAAAAUAGCUGGACGUUACGACAAGACACAUCUUUUCGACGUCGAAAUUCCGGAGAAGAAAAUCAAAUUGAAAGAGUCUGACUAUAUUGAGAAAGGAGGAUCUGUUGCCUUACUUGUUGAGUCGCCCGUCGGCAAGAUCGGUUUGGGAAUUUGUUACGAUGUUAGAUUUCCUGAAUUCAGUCUGUCACUAGCCCACAUGGGAGCCGACAUCAUUACUUAUCCAUCAGCUUUUACGGUGGCUACCGGCCUGGCCCACUGGGAAACCCUGUUGAGGGCUCGAGCCAUUGAGACACAAUGCUAUGUCGUCGCCGCUGCCCAGACAGGUAUUCACAAUAGCAAGCGCUCAUCCUACGGACAUGCCAUGGUUAUUGAUCCUUGGGGAACAGUGAUAGCUCAAUGCCGAGAAGGGACAAGCUUGGCUUUGGCUAUGAUAGAUUUAGAAUACCUGAAUAAAGUGCGACGCGAAAUGCCCGUUUUUACCCACCGUCGGCAUGAAAUCUACCAUCAACCUACCUGCGUGUCCCCGUCUUUACCUCUCUCUUUACCUGAGGAGGAUGCGGUAUUCGUAUUUGGACAGGUUACUGUUAGAGGUUGGGCAGUUUUCUACCAAAGUCGACACUCUGUGGCUUUUGUCAACCGGAAGUGUGUCGUUCCCGGACACGUGCUGGUUAUCCCUUUAAAGCCAUCCAAAAGAAUACCAGACAUGAAGGCAGAUGAAUUGGCCGAUUUGUUCUUGACGUCACAGAGAGUUCAGCGCGGCAUGGAGCUUUUCCACGGCGUGUCUUCCUCCAAUGUUGACAUUCAAGACGGUCCUGAUGCUGGGCAAAGUAUUCAGCACGUGCAUGUACACAUAUUGCCCCGACGCCCAAACGAUUUCAAGGAAAACGACCAGGUUUAUGUCGAGCUGAAAAAUCACGACAAAGGUCCCAAAAUUGAUUGGCGUGAAGAGGAUGACAUGAGGAAAGAAGCUGCUGAACUUCGUAAUUUUUUCAAGGCCUUAAUGUAAUUCUGCGUUGGAAGUGGUGGAGAGUGGAAAUUUGGAAAGAGAGAGAGUAGAGGCCCAUCGUUUGUCACACAUGCAAAAAUAUUUAGUAAGUCUUCAUCGUAACCACUCGUCUAGUUUCUAUGGUCGUACUUAAUAUCUAAUGCAGUUUAAUUGAAGGGGUAACAUUCUUGCAAUAUACUGUAGAUUAAAUAUAGGUGGGAGGAGAAAGUUUGUUUUACUAUUUCGAGUAUAAAUUUUUUUCGAAACAACGAUUGAUGUUGAACUUUUGCAGUUUAUUUCCCAGUACAACCAAUUAAUUGGUGUAUGAAGAACAAUACCGCAACUCAGCAGGGUAAAAAGGUUCCCUUUUUCAAAAUUAUUUCUAAAGUAAACUUGGUGUUUAUUUGAAUUAAAAAAAAAAAAAAAAAAAAAAUCGAAUUUGACCACUUCAGAUGUCUUGAACUGGAAAGCAAUUGUUCCAGAGAACCUGUUAUUUGGCGGCACGACGCCCUAGCUCUAGGAUGCUAAAGCUUACUCACGUAAUCUAUCUUCCUUUAGACACGUUAUUACGCAGAUCCAAGGCGAAUUAGUAUUUAACCCGAAGCCUUUGAUACACAUUUUGAUUUCGAAAGUUGUGUACAUGAUUAUGCUAUUGCCACAUCAGCCUGAAGCAAGCAUCCAUAGAAUUGUGCACGGAUUUCACGUUUAAAGUUCAAAAAGAAGAUUUAGUUUUUUUCCCCCAAUUUUUCUGGCUUUCUGUCGAGUUUUCCUGCAGGAAAUUUACUUUCAUCGUUUCUGUUUUAUGCUGUGAAACGGGACCCGCUAGCAGUACAGAGUGCUACCAUUAUUGCAUAAUAUCACAUCAUGAAAAAGAACCGAGUUCGCUAAAUUGCCAGAUUCGAUCUGCCCAACAACCUCGUUUGUCACGUUUCAUCACUUUCCAUCUUUAGACUGCAACUUCGUUCAAUUUUGGAUGUUGCGUAAUUUGCUAUUAGCAUAUAAUAAUGAAAAAGUCUGAAUGACUAAACCAAUCUUUAGUACAUCAAUAGGAACCACCACCACGUAUCAAAUUUUACUUUUUUUAAUUGCUUUCUAUCUGAGGCUCUAUUUUACCUCUAGGGUUUGCCCAAGUUUUAACAAGUAGCCAAACGUCGAAAACGAGUUGGUUAAACGUCGAUACACAGAUGUCGUAGUGACCGAGUACCACAUGUUCAAGUGUCUGAAAUGAUGAAGUUCUCUUGGCAACAAAUCCAAUGCCUUUUCCUAGAAAUAAAUUGCUCUGGGAGUUGAAAAAGAGAUUUGUGAAUGCAAAUAGACAAUUGUGGAAUAGGGUCACUUAUAAAAACUUAGAAAAUGGCUGAUCAAUGUUAAAUAUAUUUCAUCUUCAAUGAUGGCUGAGCUUAUCACUGUUCCGUGUCUCGAAUACCGAUGUUGAAAAGUGCUACGUAAAAGAAUGCUUAUUUUCGGAUGGGUACUUGCUUUUUAUUAUCG